CACACACACACGCCGGGCGCGCGACCAGCUGUAGCUCCCACCAACCACGUUAUGAUCCCACUGAAGUUCAGCGCACGCACCCGAGUAAAAAUUAUGUUCUUACCAUGAAUUAAUAGCGGCGUCGGGGGAAUAGACACACACACACACACACACACACACACACACACACACACACACACACACACCAUCCCCACCUUACACUGGCUCUUGUGUCUCUGCGGAGCACUUCGGAUGGACAUUUUGGAAGAAAUAUUCAGAUGAAAGUUUUUCUCCAAGAGCCCGAAACCUCCUCCUCCUCCUUCUCCCUCCGAGGACACGGAUCCACACAGGGCUGCAGCUGCCUGCACUUUCGGACUCAGGCUGCACUCAUGAUGCACGCGCACUCGGAGAUCCGCCGUGGGGCUGGCAGGAGCAGACAAGGCGCCGCACCCCAGUGUGUGCUAGGUUUGGCUGGGAUCCUCCUGGCGCUGCUCCCUGUGGGCGUCUCCCUGAAACACAGUGUCGCCAGGGUCACGCUCAACUACAGAGAACUUCUGACAUCCAGAAGCUUGUCUCCCUUCCUGGGCUCUGGUGAGGGCCUCAGCUUCCAGACCUUUCUGCUGGAUGAGGAGAAAGGCCACCUUCUCCUAGGGUCCCGGGACCACAUUUUCCUGCUGGAGCUGGAUGACCUGAACAGGAAGCCCAGGAAGAUCAGCUGGCCAGCUUCCAGAGACAGAGUGGAGAUGUGCAAACUUGCUGGCAAAAAUGCCCAGUCAGAGUGUGCCAACUUCAUCCGUGUCCUGCACAACUACAACAGCACACACGUGUACGUAUGCGGGACGGGGGCCUUCCAGCCUCUCUGCGCCUUCCUCGAGGUCGGCGGUCGAGGGGAGGAGGCUGUGUUCCACCUCCACACGAACACUGUGGAGUCCGGGAGGAUGAAGUGUCCCUAUGACCCCUGGCAGCCGUUUGCGUCUGUCCUGACAGAUCACCACCUGUACUCAGGAACUGCGUCCGACUUCCUGGGCAAGGACACGGCCUUCACGCGCUCCCUGGGACAACGCGACCGCAGCUACAUCAGGACCGACGUGUCCAAGGAUUACUGGAUCGAUGAGGCCAAGUUUGUUGCAGCUCACGCCAUUGGCGACACGUACAACCCCGACGACGACAAGGUUUACUUCUUCUUCCGCGAGGCGUCCCGCGAUGGCAGCGCCGGGGACAAGAGCGUCUUGUCCCGAGUGGCACGAGUGUGUCAGAAUGAUGUCGGGGGCCUGCGGAGCCUCACCAACAAGUGGAGCACGUUUCUGAAGGCCAGGCUGGUGUGCUCCAUUCCCGGGCCGGAUGGCGUGGACACACACUUUGACGAGCUCCAGGACAUCUUCCUCCUUCCAACUCGGGACGAGAGAAACCCCGUCGUCUAUGGAGUCUUCACCACCACCAGCUCCAUAUUUAAGGGCUCGGCAGUUUGCGUUUACCACAUGGCCGACAUCCGCGCCGUCUUCAACGGGCCGUACGCUCACAAGGAGGGCCUCGAGCACCGCUGGGUCGAGUACGAGGGGAGGGUCCCGUACCCGCGUCCGGGGACCUGUCCCAGCAGGACGUAUGACCCCCGGAUAAAGACCACCAAGGACUUCUCGGACGAAGUGAUCAGCUUCAUUAAAGACCACCCCAUGAUGUACAGGGCUGUUUACCCUGUCGCCAGGGAGCCCGUGUUCACCCGCAUCAAUGUGGACUACAGACUGACGCAGAUAGUGGUGGACCGUGUCCCAGCUGUGGAUGGACAGUAUGCGGUCAUGUUUCUGGGCACAGAUGUGGGAACCGUCCUGAAGGUUGUGUCCAUCACGCAGGAGAACUGGGCAACGGAACAGCUGCUUCUGGAGGAGCUCCAGGUGUUCCAGGCUCCCUCCCCGAUUCUCAGUAUGGAAAUUUCUUCGAAACAGCACCAGCUGUACAUAGGGUCCCGAGACGGGUUGGUCCAGGUCUCGCUACAUCGCUGCCAGGCCUACGGACGGGCCUGUGCCGACUGCUGCCUGGCUCGGGACCCCUACUGCGCCUGGGACGGACACUCCUGCUCCAGAUACAUCCCGGCUUCAAAGAGGAGGGCGAGGAGACAGGAUGUGAAGCACGGCGACCCCUCGGGCCAGUGCUGGGACGUUGAAGACAACAUGGACUCCACUCAGGCCGAGGAGAGGAUCCUCUUUGGGGUGGAGUCCAACUCCACCUUUCUGGAGUGUGUGGCCACAUCACGGCAGGCCCAGGUCCGCUGGUUCCUGCAGAGGUCUGGCUCUGAGCGGCGCGAGGAGGUGAAGCCGGACGAACGGCUCAUCCAGACGCAGCGUGGCCUGCUGAUCCGCUCCCUGCAGCAGGGGGACGCAGGCGGGUACCACUGCACAGCCCAGGAGCAGAGCUUCAGUCGCACCCUGCUUCGCGUGGAGCUCCGGGUGCUGGAGCGCGGCCGGGUGGGGGACGGAUCCUGGGACUCCGUCGCCGAGUCACACCAGCGCUACAAGGAUUACCUGCAGCUGCUGGACAGCCCGCUGCACGCGGUGGACCAGUACUGUGAGCAAGUGUGGGUUCGAGAGAAAAGGGCCAGGAAGAAACCGGCGAGCCCAAGGAAAUGGAAGCAUCUGCAGGAGAUGAGGAAGAGUCGCAACCGGCGGCAUCAUAUCUAGCACAGGCCUGUUCUUAAAAUAAAGUUUAAAUAAUAAUAAUAAUAAUAAUACUUCCCAUUUAUAAACCUUCAGAGAUAUGAACACACUUUGUUCUAUAUGAUCAUACCUGACUGUACUACCCGUAUCCUGAAAUGGAAGCUCAAAUUCAUCACUAUGCUUGACAUUUGCAGUUUUUUUCUGUAUUUGUCAGCAGUCCCAGUAUUCCCAGCAAAGGUGCUGCUAUUCUUUAUUGUGAUUUGCCAUUCUUAUCACUGUGGAAUGUUUUGUUUUUUUUUUAAUAACCAAACAAUAAAUAUGUGUAAAAAUGCUGAUGCGAUUGUUACAACCCAUACUAUUACUGUUAAAAACUGGUAAGAAACAAGGUAAGAAACAUCCCCCAGAACUGGCCAAAAAUUAGUGGGAUGAGUUUCUUGCCAACUACUGUGUUUUGCAUGCAGUUUUCAGAUAUAAAUGUUGACUUUUGAAUUUAUAACUUACUCCUUAUUGCUCUCCUCACUAGUAAAGUUACCCAGAGAAAAACUGCAAGCAAGAAGAAUACCCAACGGUACAAAUUGGUCAAAUUCAGUAUUAUUAUUGCAGUAUUCAUAAUGCA